AUGGAGGCCGCGAAUCAAAUGCUUAGCGAUCACCAGGUGCAAAUUCACAAUAUGGAUGCGGGGAGGACGACGACAGUGCUGACUGGAGGACCGUCACAGGGCUCUCUAUCAGUUCCAUCGAUGGGUCGAGGUGGGAAACACUCGACGGAUUGGCAAAGGGGACCCGCUCAUUCCACCGUCGUUUCGGAUGAAGUUCGCACUCUUAUAAUCGAUGCCGUUUUUUGUCGUCCAUCCAUUUGGGACAGUCAACGCGAGAAAAACGGGCCCGGUCGAAAGCAAUCAUUUCAAGAGAUCACACAGAUUUUGAAUCAACAACAUCACCAAGAAUUGUCAUGUGAAGAAGUCGAAAAACAAUGGAAAAACCUCAAGGACACUUACAAUAAAACGAAGAAAAAGCUUUCUUUUGAUAACGACGGCCGUCCGAUCACUCCGAAAUGGAAGUUUUUCUCGAAUAUGCUAUUUUUGGAUCAACCCAACAGUUUGACGGUGCCGAUUGAGAAUGGUCCCAGCUCAUCAAUGAUGUAUUUACGGGCUCGAAGCGAAGAUGGAAUGUCGAGGAAAAGGAUGAGAGACGACGAUGAAAUCAACGAUGACGAUCAAUAUUUCGAUUUCUGUCGCUCAAUCUUGCACAAUUUGCGCAAAAUCGGCGAAAUGGAUCGUAUGAAGUACUUGCAGCUGACAAAGAGCAUUCGCGAUAUGAUCUACGAUGCCGAAGUGGAGUUGCUUAGCCAAAACGAGAUCGCCAUUCAACAACAGCACUCGAUGCUUCGA